AUGGCCCUCGCCGCUGCCGAUGCCGCUGAGGCACGCAGCAACCGCCACGUCCGCCGUGCCUACGGAUCUGGUGGCUCUGGUGCCCCCUACCCCAUCGACAAUGGAUAUCCCGUUGGCGGCCCAAUGGUCCCCAGUGGUGCUGUGAGCUCUGUGCCCAGCCCAUCUCCCACGCCCUUGACGCCUGAAGCUGAGGUUGCCCCAUCCCCCACACCUUCCGUCCCAGCUGCAGGCGACUACGGCAAUGGCUACGGUGCUGCUCCUCCUGCCAGCUCCAGCUCCAGCUCGCAAACCCCAGAGGCGGCUGUCAGCAGCAGUUCCAGCUCCGGUCCUGCUGUGACCCCCUCCGGUGGUGUCUACCCACCCAGCGGUGUCCCCGAUGUACCAACCGGUGCCGUUCCCUCGACCGGAACUGGUGUCCCCUCUGUGCCCGCUGGCGUCGUCCCCUCUAGCAGCGCUAUUCCUUCCGGUGCUGUUCCCUCCGGUCCAGCUGGCGGUGUCCCGUCUUCUGGUGUUCCUGUCAUGGACGCAACCGCGAGCGCCAGCUCCAGCAUGGGAUACCCGGCCUACCCCACUGGCACUGGAUCUGCCCCAUCGCCCGACACUCCCAUGAGCGACAUGGUUACAAAGACCAUCUACUCUACCCAGGUCAUGACCAAGACUGCUUGCCCAUCCACCCGUUGUUGCCGUUGGCACCACUGUCUGCCCUCCUGGCGAGAACCCUGA